AUGCGCGGACCAGGGCGCCCCCUCCUCCUGGGGCUGCUGCUCGUGCUGGGGGCGGCGGGGCCCGGCCGGGGGGUCGCGGAGACCCGGGAGGCCGCGGACAGGCAGACGCUGCUGCAGCUCAUCGUGGAGAUCGUCCAGGAGCUCAGGAAGUACCACUCGGGGGAGUCCAAGAGGCUGCAGCUCUCGGGCCGGCAGGACUACACCCCGGGCCGCAGGGAGGUCUCGGACUACGGGGCUUACCCGGAGGAGCAGAGAGUGGAAAUUGUUCCUCGAGAUCUAAGGAUGAAAGACAAGUUUCUGAAACAUCUUACAGGUCCUCUUUAUUUCAGCCCAAAGUGCAGCAAACACUUCCACAGACUUUACCACAACACCCGAGACUGCACCAUCCCCACCUACUAUAAGAGAUGCGCCCGGCUUCUUACUCGGCUGGCUGUCAGUCCGAUGUGCAUGGAGGGAUAA